ACAAUUUGAACCUUAAAUUUAAUUUCGUCCACGAUUUGUGUAUUAUUUUUGUGUAAUUUUAAAUCUAUAUAAAUUCUUAAGUAUUUUUACGUUUUGCUACUUCAAUCAAACAUAAAUCUACAUGUACAAUGGCAAUGAAAAAAGAAAAAAUCCCAAAACAAAAUUAUCGCAUCAAACUGCUGGCAGGAAAUAGUGUAAUUUUAUUGGAAGCUGACAAUUAUGAAUCAGAAAUUUUUAUGCCUCAAAUAGUAAAUGGUCGCAUAACAUUACUAAAUAUUAUACCUAAUCGGCGAUGCUGUCAAGUCUCCAAAACAAAUGUUAUGAAUUUUGCCAAAAAAGAGUCAAAUGAGCAAAAAACCUAUUUAAAGGAACAAAAUGUGAUGAAAUCUAGAAAAUUGGGCAGAAUGUCCUCGGAUGGGCAAUAUUCUGUAAUGUGUGCUCCUUUAGCCAACAGCACGCCGGCUAGUGUCAAACAGAGAAACAGUUGUGGUAGCAUGCCUGCACAACGAUUUGUGAGCCCGUCGCCUUAUGGAAAGUCAACAGAUUCCUACCUACCAACGCCAGAACCAGUGAGACGAGCUGUCGCCGCUAGUCCUACACUUUUGGAUAAAUCUCAGCAUAAUCUGCCACCAGGCAUUAAGGUAGCUCGAAUUUAUCACAACUCCAUGGAGGGAACACCCAAAAAAGUGGGACGCUUAGUAACAUCUGAUAGAAAUAUUAGUGGUAGGCACAGCUCCGCUAAUGUAUCCUUUUUAAGUGGCAGCUUUAGAUUACCAUGUUCUCCUGCCAUAUCUACAAAUAGUAACAAUAGAAGAUCCGCAAUCUCAACUCCAGCUGAUUCUAUUGCAAGAUGGCAAAAAGUUUUAACACCCGUGCGCACCUACACCAGAAAUUCCAAAAAACCCAUCAUGGUACGCCGGCCCGUAUCAGUAGGAAGUGCCAAAAAAGCCUUAAAAUCGUCUAAAGUAAUACCCACUUAUCUGGUAAAUCCCACACAAGGACCUAAUGUAACACAACAAAUUGAAAUGAGAAAACGUAAAUUAAUAAUUGACAAAAAAGUUGGCAUAUCACCGAAAUCAUUCAAAAGACAACAAAGAGAACCUGUGGAGUCAUAUAAAUCACCUGCAAACUUAUUGCAUCCACAUUCCUUAAGUUUACAAAUGCCCUGUCGAUUUGUGAAAUCGAUGGCUAUGAGUGCUUUCGAUUUAUUAACCAAUUCAAAUCGUCAUUGCCGCAUGACGGCUAAAUUAAAUCAACAAUUUCGUAAAGGCUGUGUGAAUAAGGCUUCCUCCACCUACAGUAAAUAUAAACUAUUGUGUUCAGUGCCGCAACUCCAGCAAGAUGAACAGAUUUUAGAGCUGAGUCGCAUCUCAUUGCAGUCGUCGGACUCACCACCAGAUACUUGUCAAAUCAAGAGAACCUCUAAUAAUAUUUAAUCGUCUCCCUGGAACACAUAGCGUGGCAUGAAUAGUAACAACAUUCGUACACUCCAAUAUUACUCAUCUUUUCUUGCAACGGAAACAGGCUUUAAAAGCUCUUUUAAAGGCUCGUAUAUUGUGAAUAACUUGUUCCUGAAAUUUGGAAAAUAGUUGAGAAAAUCUCCAGAAAAAAGGAACAUAUUAAAUAAAUACCAACCUGCAUUAAGUUAAAACACAUAGCAAUCAAAGCCAUGCCCAGUAGCAGAUAAACGGCACACAAAAUAAAGCUCACUUCUACUUUGUCUUUGUCAGCAGUUAUCUAAAAUAGUUGUUUAGUUAUAAUAUUAAUCAUUUCCUAAAUGAAAUAAAAAACAAAUACUAACCACACGAUCGCCCGGCACUAGAUCACCAAAACCAAUACUGCUUAAGGAUAUAAAACAGAAAUAACUGCCAUCCAAAUAUCCCCAAGAUUCCCAUUGGCCAAACAGCAGGGC